UUCGGACCAAGUCGAACUGACAGUGCCAGGUGAUCGUCGCCUGGUAAUAUCCUAUUACCGGGAAAGAGAGUUCAAUCAUGUCGAUAAUUUACAGUCUCAUAGCUCGCGGUACUACUGUUCUAGUCGACUACACAGAAUCUAGUGGUAACUUCCAACAGAUAACAGGUUCAAUUUUGCAAAAGAUUCCCUUGCACGAUGAUACGAAGUGCACGUACGUUUCUGGAAGGUAAGCUACUUGGGAAUACAAAGUUUUAACUGAGAAUAUCAAUUCUCGCAUAAUCUGGAUGUAGCUAGGAAAAUAUAUUGGCCAAGUUUUAGUUUUAAUGAGAACUCUAAAAACAAGCUCGGUAUUUUUGUCAAGUAAUACUUGUUUCGAAUCUCCUACAAAUGUUAGCCAAGAGCUUUUGUAGUCAGAUGUACAUGUCGCAAUCAGCUUUCCCACAAGUAUGUCCUCGUUUUUUAAUGCCAUUAAAAUUAGCGAGUCGCCUAAACAAUUUUCGUGUAAUAACAAUACAUAACCCUGCUUCAUUCGGUUGAAAACGAGUUUUCUUGUUUGGUCCUUACAAAACGUUUCCCUUUAAGCUGUACAGUGAGGCGGAAGUAGAUGGGAGGGAAAUUUUUUUUAUUUCAUCAUCAUCACCCAGCGGUGACUGUAGCGGCCAAUUCUGUUUGCAGAAACCACAAAAAAAUUUUACUAGCGACAAGAGAUCAUCUUCCAUUGUACCUGCCUAAACCAGCUGACAUUUGAAAAGAUUCUCAUUGCCAUUUGAAAAGGAUCUAGCCAUAUCAAGGAGCAUCUGAAAAUUAAAGGUAGCAUGACUGUCAACACCUUUCAUAAACCUUAUUGAUAUGAUGUCAUAUUUCUUUUUAUGUUUUCAAGCUACCAUUUUCAUGUGAUAGUUGAUGAUGGUCUUGUUUAUCUUUGUAUGGCUGAUGAGGACUUUGGAAAGAGACAGCCAUAUGCAUUCCUAGAGGAGGUAACCUUUGGAGUCACCUACCUAUAUCACAGACAUUUUAACUUGUGGCAGGGAGCUAGUAAUUAGGGUGAUCAAAUCUACUCUUUUGUCAAUGCCUCUCGAUAAGAGUUCUUGUGAAGAAAUGUAGUAGCUGGAAAAUAGUAAACAAUUAUUUAUAGAUGUAGGUGGAUAGUAGUGGAUAUCUACCAAGUUGCAAAGCAGGGAGGUAAAUAUUCACCACUUUCACGGACACUUUGAUUUUUACUUGAGUACAAUAACUUGGUAUUGUGUAGGGUACACUUAUUCUCAGCUUAUUAAGAAUUUCUAAUAUUUUGUUGAAUUGCCAGUAAUCAUGUUUUGUGUUGUUCUUUCUUGUCUGACCAAUUUACAGAUAAAAAGAAGAUUUGUUAACAGUUCACUGAAGCAAAGAGCAAUUUCAGCUCAUGCAUAUGAAUUCAGACGAGAUUUUGGACAAGUACUGGCUAGUCAAAUGGUGAGACAAUAGGAAAGAUCUGAGUUAAUGCAGACAUCAAGAAUGCCAUCAUUGAUAAUAAUAAUGAUAUUUAUAUAGGAUAAUCCCUUCAGUAUAAUGACGCUGGUAUAAAUAGGGGUUCUGUAAGUUAAUUGUAAUGUUUACUUUACAAAAGUUAUAAUUAUAUGGUAUUAUAAAUAAUAAUAAUGUAUACAAUCAAUCUAAAAAAUGUUAGCUAUGUUACAAUUUAAAGGGCCUUAAUUUCCUUUAAAAUUCGGUAAAAGAAUCCUUGGCCUUCAAAUGGAGGGGGAGGCUGUUGCACUCUUUUGCCCCCCCGGGAGUCUUUGGACCAAAUUUUCAAACAAUCCGUAAAGUUUACAUAUCCUAUGAAUUUGGUCAAAGGGGGCACAUUUUCUUUUAAAUGAAGUAGUUCUGUUUGCUUCCAGAGUUUUGCCAUCGAUUCAUGAGGAGACUUAACAAAAACAUAUUUAACAUGUACAGACAACAGCAGUCAGCUUGCUGGCAUUCAGACCAGAGUUAACCAAAAAAUUGUUACCUUCAGAUGUUUUGUUAUUGAAGAUGUCAAUAACAAAACAGUAGUAGAAAUGAGAGUUUUCUUUCAAACAUCCUGCUACUCCCAUACAUACCCCACAAAUUUUUCUCUUUGUUGAAAACGGUGGUAGUUCUGUGUUGUUACAUAUGAAAUGUUUUUGUUAUUAUAGUCAUUAUACUCUGAUCCUGGAUAUGAUGAGUCAGACCAGAUUACUAAAGUUCAGAAGGAAGUUAAUGAGGUCAAAGAUGUCAUGACUCAAAAUAUAGGUAAGGAUUGCGCCUUCUUCCUGAGUUCUUAUGAUUUGCAUACGUGUACAGCUGUUCCAGUCUUUAGCUUUUGGCUUUCUUAGCUCUUUACAUCCCUGGCUGCAUGUUCUCCAAACGUUCCAAAACAAAACCAAAGCCAAGGAAUUUACAGUACCUAGUCUACAGUAAGGAAAAAAUCAUUCCUCCACUGUAUUCAUGCCUAAUUUCACAGGUGCAUAAUUUUCCUUUUCUUGUGAUUGUAACAAAAUUGUGAAAUAAAUGACUCAAAGUAAAAGUGGUUGCAGAAUUUAAACACACAAAAUUAAAACUUAUAUAUAAAUUCAAAUCAAGGAAAAAAUGUUUAACUUGUAAAAACAACAAAGCCUAUGGGAUAUGCAUUGAAAAAUACACAAAUCAUUAAUAGGGUUUACUAGUGAAAAGUUAAAAAAAUAAAAGGAAGUUGAGAAUACUUGAAUUGCUAAAUUUAUUACCCUGUUUUCAUAUUUGCUUAUUGAAAUAGCAAAAAUAAAACCUCAAAAAAUACUGUCCCACCAUAUUCGCAAAAUUAAGUACCUGCAAAGUCAAGUAUGAAUAAGGUAGAAGGCAAUCAGGCCUAAAGUAUUCAAGGAGCAAAUUAAUAAGAAAGCCAUCAUUGGUUUUAGAUAUGCAUCUGAUUGUUAAAGAUUUGGAGGAAGGCUUCUAAACAAAUCACACAGCAAAGCAAAUUGAAUCUCAGGAAUUCUGGAUUAUUUCUGACACUUGUUUAAGAAGUAAAUGUACUCUAACUAUAUCCUUUAACUGCCCUCAUUUGUUUGCUGUAGAAAAAGUACUUGAAAGAGGUGAGAAGAUUGAUGUUCUUGUGGGAAAGACAGAGGAACUGGAUCAUAGUGUAAGUUGGUUUUACCUACGAGCACAUAUGUGUGCACAAAUAUGUGCUUCACCCAUUUUGCUCCCAGAUCUCUUUGGACAUUCUCCUUAUUAUCAAUCAUACAAUUACACGUAUGAUGUUUGUUUGGAGAAUUUGGUUUUGGAUUAAAUAGUAAUUCCCUAACUGAUAUUUUUCUCUAUUCUUGUCACUAAUGUCUGCUUGAUAUUGUAAGUAGAAAUUUGGCCUCUCAUGGAGGACUGUUAAAGGUUAAAGUAGUUUUACUAUUUGGAAAGAUUUUCUGUUGACAAUGAUCAUAUGUUUAUUCUAUACCUAAUUUGUUGUCUCUCAGCAGAGUGGCCCUUCCUCUGAUUUAGUUAUUUUAUUUCUCCAGUCUCAGGUGUUUCACAGACAAGCAAAAAGGUUACGCAGAGAAAUGUGGUGGAAGAACAAGAAGAUCUGCCUCAUUUUGGUUUUUGUAAUAGCCAUCAUAAUUGCAGUAAUUGUACUGGCUAUUCUUGGUGUUGAAGGAAAGCUUUAA